GUUAGAGAGAAAACUGCAGCAUUUUUAAGUUUAAUAUUGAUUCAGCAUUUUUAGUGAGUCAAGCAUCCUUGCUGGGUUGCCUCAGCAACCGUGUGGGUCCACUGAAAGUCUGGGAUCAUAUGCACAUAGAAGAAUACAUUGAAGAAGAUGAGGAACCACCUUUGCUGCUCAACUCUCGUCCUUCUCGCGGUGAUAGGCUGUGGUGGGACUGCAGUGGUGCAGUGUCGGUGGGGAGAAGCGUGUGUGUGUUUGCAAUGCCCUGCAGGCCAGGAGCCAUCCAAGGCUUGUAGGCAGAUCCAGAGUUCAGCUGAAGACGUGAAAUGUCAGUUCUGCCCACCUGGGAGCUUUUCAGAUACAGUCGACUCUGAGCUCUGCCGUCCGCACACAUCCUGUGAGAUCCUGGGCAGAAACGUUUCAGUGUCUGGCACUCUGACCUCAGACGCUAUCUGUGGCGACUGUCUGCCUGGAUUUCUUUCUCCUGAUGGAGGACAAGUUUCCACUAAAAGCAGUUGCAUAAAAACUGAAUUGCAUGUCAGAAAAGUUCGCACUGUGGGAAAAGGUUCCUCUAAUGGGGCAGAAGGACCAGCCAAUAGUACGGUGGUUCGCAGCGCCGAGGAAAAGACGGCAGAGUACGCUGUGUUCGCGUUGGUGCCUGUCUUCUGCAUAAUGGGCCUGUUGGGCAUCCUGAUCUGCAACAUCUUGAAGAAGAAGGGAUACAACUGCACUGCUGAGAAGGAGGGGAGAGACGAAGAGACUGCUACACCUCAGAAAGAAGGUCACAACUGCCCCUACAUAUCUGAUGACCUGAAUGAAGACACAAUCAGUGUUCUGGUUCGCCUCAUAACAGAGAAGAAAGAAAAUGCUGCUGCACUGGAGGAACUGCUGCUGGAGUAUGAGAGCAAACAGAUGAGCAAAGGCUCAUCAAUCAAGUUCCCGAUGCUGUCUCCCUUGUCCACCUUCCGCUCCAUCCCCAAGUCUUGCCCCCAUCAGUCCCACCUCCACACCAUCUCAGGUCUCUCCGGUCUCGCUCCCAAACACGGCUACCGCUGCUCCCGCUGCGCUCAGAGAAAGUGGCCUCCUAUACUCAUUCCUCCCCUGGAUUCUCUCAAAGACCCUCUGAAGCCCCCACGGGGUCUCAUUCUGCCCUCCUUGGACACACCUGUUAACCAGCAGAAGAACCCUCUACUGGGGGCGGGUUGCGUAGACACUCAUCACCCCCAAGCCACUGUUGUGCCAAAACCUGUUCAGAACAAAGUGGACAGCAGUGAAGGGAGGGAGAAGAAAGAAGGGGAGGUGUUGUCUGUUGGGAGAUUUCAAGUUGCUCACAUACCUGAGUACAAGCCUGUUACCACAGAAACAAAAACAUCAUCCCAGGAACAAAGAAACUCCCUGUUUGGUGGGAAACAUUUUCCCUCCUGUUCAUCAUCUGGCUUCAGGAGAUAAAAAGAUGCAGAGAGGCUGCAUGAUUAUCCUACCUCGUGAAAGAAGACUUCAAUAUCUGAUGGCAGCUUAAAUGCCAGGAUGGAGAUGCUCUUCAGAAAACUUAACCACCACCUGCUGGAUCGCAUGACAAGACGAUCUCUUGAUGUCUUAAGCUGUCAAGAUCUUGACAGCUUGAUCUUAUGCUGCUCAAAGCUUAAUGCCCAGUCAGCAACGGUGCUGGAAAGCUAAUGAGUUUAAUGCAGGAGGAGGAUUUGUUUAAACCAAACAUCAAUGAAACACAAGAUGCAAAAUCACUAAUUGUUACAGAUCAAAAUAUGGUGGUUCUGCUGCCUUGGAAGCAACUUUUGUGACCUGUUUCCCCCGUUAGCUUUGGAGAAAACCAGACAGCACAACACCGUCAAAAAAACAUAAAUAAUCUUUGCAACCAAGUGCCACAUAGAUUAGAGGUAAAAAUUUAUUUGUUAACAACUGGUUCAUACAAAAAAGGCUUGUUCUUCUCUUUGGCUUGCAUAGAAAUUACAGAUGAAUUAAGGAUUUGGUUUGUUCUUUAAUUUGUUGAAUGUAUUAACAGAAACUCAUUGUAUGCACUGAAGUAAGUUAAUCCGGUUGGAGGGUUUAAACCUGAGCUCUGAAUUUUACAUCUAUAAAGGUCAAUAUUUGAUAAAUGCCAGCUAUUGGAAAUCUGUCACAGUCCCAGGGGUAAACGUUUCUUAUCGAGUUGUGCCAUGCAAUUAUCUAUGCCGAUGCCAGAUCAACAAAAUCAUUUCAGUCUUCCAGAUUAUAAACAAGGGUUCAGUAUGUUUCAGAGCUCCUCAGGUAACCUGUGAAAGUCUUUUUAAAAAGUUCAAAAAUGUUGCUACCUGUCACAGGCCUCCAAAUUUUAUGUUGGAUCACAUUGAAGCAGCUUUUGUUGUAUCAAUUAUUGAUUUAAACCCUGAUAAAAGAUACAUUUUCUUUUCAACUCUUGUAUAGUUGAGAUGUUUAAAUGAUCAAUUCAACAACUUUCCAAAAGCAGAAUUAAGAACCUCUUGGUACGUUUUAGUUUUUAGAUAGAGUCCAGCGUCGCCCCAGGUUUAGUUGGAAAGGAGUUUUUUUUGUAUAUUUUCACUACAUUUAAACGAUAUUGCAGCUCCAAUCUUAUUGUAAGCAGCUAAUAUCAUUUUGGACCACAGGUGAAAAACUAAAUAUUGAGAAAGACCACAAUUAAAAAAACAAAACAUGUAUAUAGGUGUAAAUAUGUAAAUAAGACUGAGAGCAUACACAAGUAAACUCUUUAUUUUGAUUUUAUACUCUAACACCUAGUACGUAUGAGGUCAUUCAGGGGUGAACAGCUGCACUGCACCAGUGACAGGAUUCUGUCAUUCAUAUAAGCUGAACUGCUGUCUGAAACGGUUUUCUACCCUUAAUCUAUGGUUAAACAUAUCAGUGUUUUUUUCUUUCAUCCUGAGCUACACAAGCUCACAUUUUAGUUCCUUAAUAAACUAACAAAUUGCAGGUAGUCCGGACCCCUAAACAGGCUUUAGUUUACAUUCUCAUAGGUUUCCAAGAUUGUGCUAUUAUCAGAUUUAAUUACUUUAUUAUGCUCAUAUUAUGCUGUUAAAAGUAACACAACAUAUGUAGAGGAGAGGGCAUUUAUUAUCCCAAGCUGAUGAUCAUAUGUUUUCAUCUGAUUUUAUUGCUUUGCUGUUGUCAGCAUUAAAUGUUUUCAAACUAGGCAGGAAGGAAGAAAAACAUCUCAUCAGACUUUUGGUAUUUAUUUAUAUCAUGCUUCAUUUUACUAUAUCACAUCUAUUUCUGUAUGCUGUUUUUACUCAUGAAAUAAAGAAGAGCUGUAU